UACCAAAUGCACAAAUGUAAGUAUGCAGUAAUAAUAGUGAUGCUUGCCUAACAAACAAACCAACAACACUAAUAAAAAUGCAUAUUGAUACACAAUCACAUAGACUAUAAAGCUAGCAAUACAAAGGUAUUUUUUGAAGUACCAUGUAAACCAUACAGUACAAUACUAAUAUAUAAGUAAUAUUUCUAUCUAACCAUUACCAUGUGUGUGUGUUUAGGUGUGUGUGUGUGUGUGUUGUAAGAAAAAGUGGUGUGUUGCAGAGGAGUGACAUUCACAGGUGAGUCAGUGGCUUAAGAAGGUUUUUGGGCAACAGCCCGUCCCUGACUUUGAAGUGAACACGCGCACGAUAGAGAUCCUGCACGAGCUGGUGAAGAACAGUGAAAUGAGAUGCAAAGAGGUCGAGCUCCUCAUACAGGACCACGAGCAGAAAGCAGCAGAGUACAACAGUGAUGGUGCGCAUCUGCAAGAGGUGCUUCUUCAGGUAGUGGGACUGCAGCCAGGGACAGUUUCCAAACCCACAGCAGAUCUGCUGUCAGUGCUGGAGUCCACUGCUGAAGUCUUAAAACUUAAAGACACAUCACUUGGAAGCUAUAUGCCUGCAAUGAAUAAACUGACCAAUGAUGUGCUGGAGGCUGAAAAAACAGACAGGAGAUUACAGCGGGAACUUUCUACUGUGAGGAAGAAAAUGACGGCCACAGUUGUUCUUCGGAAGAAACUCCAAGAUGAUUUGUUAAAGAUCACACACAUACAACAGGUGGAAGCAGCUACGGCAGAAGAGAGACUUCUGAACAUGGACUUCAUGAAGAAUAAAUCAAGAGAUCUCGCAGGCCGGAAUAAAAUCGCACAGGAAAAGUUGGACUCACGGCAGAUGGAGGACUCACUUACCCACCAGGCCAUUCUGCAGUUAUCAGAGAAAAUUGCAGCACUGAAAGAGGAAACACUACCAUUGAAGAAGAAACUAGAGCCAUAUAGUGACUUGAGCCCUAGUCCAGCUUUGGCACGGGUGAAAAUCGAGGAAGCCAAACGAGAGCUGGCUGCCCUGGAUGCUCAGCUGGAGCAGAAAGUGGACUUCAUGAACACUUUAUCUAGAUAACCUUAAAUAUCCAAAUAAAAUUAUGCUUCUAAAUACAGUGACUAUUGUGUCAUAUAAAAAAAAAUCAGAUUCACGAUUUUAUAUUUGGUGUGUAAGUGUGUAUUAGUACAUGUUAACCAUAUGUAAAAGGUACAAAUCUCAAAGUAAAGGGUGACCUGAGUUUUCCGUAAAGUUGACCGAUCAGCUUGGUCAUCUGCAUUUCUGGAUAAGAUUUGGCUUGUAUUGAUAAGGUAGUAAAGUAAACUAAAGUUAAAGGUGGGGUGCAUGAUUUUUGAAAAACAUUUUGGAAAAGGAAGUUAAGCCGACUACCAAAACACACUUGUAGCCAAUCAGCAGUAAGGGGUGUGUCUACUAACCGACAUCGUUGCCUGGGGCACGUGGAAGUUCAAAACGGUGCGCAACAUUUUGCUACGGUUUCUGGGUUAAAUAACAUGUUUUCUGGAAACAGUGUGCACCGGAUUGUAAGGGGUUUGAGAUGCGUUUUCUUUUGUUUGGUGGGUGUGUCUGAACUGCAGUCCAAUCAGCAUCAACAUGUAAACGUGGUCGAUUCAAAAUCGAAUCUCACAGGCCACGAAUCCAUUUAUUUUUUUUUUUUUUAUGAAAUAACCUCAUCCUGUUUGAUCAAGGAAUGCGACUGUUCUCACUUUUUUCAGCAUACAUUUUUCAUCUUGCUUCAAAAUUUUAUUGUAUUUAACAUAAUUGUAUGCAUUUGAAAAUUAGAGAUGGGUUCUGUUUUAAUGUACCCAAGUGUACCUAAAAUAAAAGAGUUUAAUAUACAGGUUUGUGG